AUGAGUUUGUUUUUACCGAAAUUAACCUGCAAAAAAGACAUCGAUGAAGCGAUUAAAGGCGUGGCGGAAAAAGUCUUGGUUUUGAGGUUCGGCAGAGACGAUGAUUCGGUUUGUCUCCAGCUGGAUGAGAUUGUGAGCUCUACGUUUGAUGAAGCUGAUGCUCUGUUUUUGUUUUUUAAAGUCUGUUUCUGAUAUGAUCGAUUAUUUCUGUUUCUUCCAGCUGUCAAAAACAGCCCACGACCUGAGCAACAUGGCUGCCAUUUACAUAGUGGACGUGGAUAAAGCUCCAAUCUACACCAGAUACUUUGACAUCAGUUACAUCCCCUCCACUGUUUUCUUUUUCAACGGGCAGCACAUGAAGGUGGAUUAUGGGUGAGACACGAAAGUGCAUUUUAGUAACUUAUUAUAACUGUAUGAAAUUCGUUCUGUCUUUAUAUAACCCUUCAUGUACCAUAAAAGGUGGAUUGGCUCAAAAUUUGUAACAUACUCUCUUAAUUUUCUCAGUCAUAAAAGCAUUUGGCUGAUAAUUGAAGUGAAAUGUAAAAAUAACUUCCGUAAUUUGCUUAAAUUUCUACACAUUUCCUACAUCUCUGGGGUGCUCACCUCGUCAAACCAACUGUCCACACCUGAGAGCUAUGUAGUCAUGAUAAAUAGCAGCAAAUAUUUGCAUUUUAAAGGCUGGUUUUUGUUUGUUUGUAGUGUUUCUUUCUUUGUUUCUUCUCAAACAACCUAAUCGGUAAUUAACCACAAAAGCCCCAAGUGGAAAUGCAUCCAUGCAUGUAUUUUUACUGUGUUUCUGUGACAGGUCAGUUUCAGUAUUCCUGAGAUGUUUACUUAGCAUCAGUGAUAGAAAUAGACUUGAUUGACCAUAUAUGGUGUGGGUAGUUAUGGUGACCAGUCACAGGAUUUUCCUUUAAGGUCCUCUGGAAAUGAUCCUGUUGACACUAGAAAACUUAUCCAUCUGAAAAUGAUAAAACAGAUUAAACUAUUGACACAAAAAAGCUGUUAUUCUCUGAUUACAACAAAAAUCAAUUGAGAAUCCAGAAAGCAACAGAAAUGAAGUCAUUCCUAAGGCAAAGGCUGUGUGAAUAUAUUGACUUAAGUUUUUUUAUUUUAAAAAAAUAACAUUUACUCAUUAUCACGGGAAACUGAGUGAAUUGAAUGUAUGGACACAUGUCCGCCUCAGGCUUCAUGCUCUAUUUAUUUAAGAAUAAAAAAUUUUUUUUUUUUUUCAUUAAGUGAUGCAAAACAGAACAUGACAGGUGAGGGACAACAAACUAACAAACAGAUGGGGGAGACAAGACAGACACAAGCUAGGAUGACAGUUUAACUUUUGUGUUUGUGUGUGUGCGCGCGUGUGAGUGCGUGUGUGUAUGCCCAUGUAUGAGUGCUUGUUUUGGGGAGAUAUAUAAAACAGAUAACAUUUGAAAAUAGUAAUACUAACUAAUGAAAGUAAAAAGAAUAAUGCAACAGAGCAAAGAAACAAAGCAAAAACAGAAAACCCUUUAUUAUUAUUAUUGUGGAUGGCUCAGUUAGUAUAUGGUUAUAGGUUGCCCUCCCUCAGUCGAGGAGGGAGCUGGCUGAUGGGAGUUUGAAGGCCCAAACCCAGACCCAAAGGGAGGAAGUCUGCUCAUAAUGGCCUUUUUUAAAAAUUUGUCGCAGACAGUUCUAAGUUGAUGUAGUUACAUGAACAGCCCAUGCUCCUGUCUUCGGAUACUAAGUCUGCAUAAUAACAAGUAAGUUGUAAUAUAUUAUGUUUUAUUUUUGAAAUCUUCCAGCUCUCCAGAUCAUACCAAGUUUGUCGGCAGCUUCAAGACCAAGCAGGAUUUCAUGGAUCUGAUUGAGGUCAUUUACAGAGGAGCCAUGCGUGGGAAGAUGAUUGUUCAAAGUCCAAUAGAUCCUCAAAAUAUCCCCAAAUAUGAUCUCCUCUACCAUGGAAUUUAG